AAAAAUUUUCUUUGUAAAAAUGCUUGAAUAUCUGCAAGACUACAUAAAAAUAAAUCAAAAUUGCAUUUUGAAAUGUAAAUGUUACAGCUAACAAUUUAUCUGCAAGAUGAAUUUGCUCUAAAAAUGCCAUUUGCACAAUUAAUUCAGUAAGCAGAAAUAUCCUCAUUUGUUGUUGCCAAAAUCAUAUAAGGAUACUGAAUCGCCUGUCCCAUUUUCUGGUUCAGGGAAGGAAGUUAAAGUGAUUAAAAAUGGUUCUGCUGAAAAACUUCCCAGCCCCAACAGAAAAAGUGCAUCAUACAGAACAUAAUACAACAGCAUUUUUUGAGAACGAGUGUUUAGGGAAAGGGACUCUUUACAUUUCUGAGAGUGUUCUAUGCUGGCUCUCAAAUGAUGGAGAAGGAUUUUCUCUGAAAUAUCAAGCCAUCUGCUUCCAUGCUGUUUCAAGAGAUUUAAGUAAAUUUCCACAUCAGUGCCUCUAUAUGAUGCUUGAAAAAGGAAUAAAUAUUGGAACAGAACAAGACGAAGAAGAAGCUGAACUUACAGGUGCUAUUGGUUCCUUGCAGGUUGGGGAAACUGACGACGAAGAAGAUGUUGGAAAAGAAUUACGGUUUGUGCCUGAUAAUACUCAAAUUUUGAAUACAAUGUUCAGAGCCAUGCUGGAUUGUCAAGCACUCAACCCUGUUUCGGGACAGAAUGAUGAUGAUGAUGAUGAUGAUGGUGUUUUUAUGGCUCCUUCUUUCAAUAUUAAUGUUGCUAAUGGUGCAUUGGAGGAUUUUGAAAAUGAAGAAGAAGAAGAAGAAAGUGAUGAAUGUAUGGAUAACCAAGAACAGUUUGAAGAUGCUGAAUUUUAAAUCAUUUGUCUACUAAUUAUGUGUUGUUUUUCAUUAUUUUGUUCAUAUUCAUGUAUGAUGUAAAUUCAUCUCGGUUUGAACAUCCAUUUUUUUCCAAUAAAAAAAACUGAUGCUAAAGUGCA